AUGGCGACGGCCGGCGGCGCCACCAAGAUCUCCUGGCGACUGCAGGACUUUGAGGCUCACGCCGGCCGCGUUUGCUGCGCCGCGCUGGCCAAGAACACCGGUCGCCUGCUGGCCAGCGGCGGCGAAGAUUGCCGGGUCAACAUCUGGUCGGUCAGCAAGGCCAACUGCAUCAUGAGUCUGUGCGGCCACAGGAAAGCCGUGGAGUGCGUCUGCUUCAACGCUUCCGAGGAGCAGCUGGCGACCGGCUCGCAGUCCGGAUCCAUCCGCGUCUGGGACCUGGAGGCCGCUAAGAUUUUGCGAACUCUGACCGGCCACAAAUCCAACAUCAGCGCCUUUGCCUUUCAUCCUUUCGGGGAUUUUUUGGUAUCCGGCUCUACCGACGCCAACAUCAAGAUGUGGGACGGGCGGAGGAAAGGCCCAAUCACCAGGUUCAAGGGUCACGCCGGGACCAUCCGCAGUUUGGCCUUCAGCCCGGACGGCAAGUGGUUGGCGUCGGCCAGCGACGACUGCACCGUCAAGCUGUGGGACCUGAAGCAGGCCAAAACCAUCACAGAGUUCACGGCGCACACGGGCGCCGUGGCCGCCAUCCAGUUUCACCCCAACGAGUACCUGCUGGCCUCGGGCGGCGCCGACAGGUGGCUGAGGCUGUGGGAUCUGGAGAAGUUCUGCCAAGUGGGGGCGCUGCAGGACGCCAGCGCUGUCAGGUGCGUGAUGUUCAGUCCCGACGGCGGCUGUCUGUUCAGCGGCCACGCCGACGUCCUGCGAGUGUGCGCCUGGGAGCCCGAGCGCUGGCUGGACUCGGUGACGGCGGGCUGGGGACGCGUGGUCGAUCUCUCCAUUUGCAACCGGCAGCUGUUGGGCGUGUCUCACCAGCUGAGCGGCUUGUCCACCUACGUGGUGGACCUGAAGCGCGUCCGGGUCGGGGGCGCCGCGCCCUCGCCCACCGCCGACGGUAAAGCGCGGCGCAGCUACGAGGGCCAGGCCGCAGCCUGCCCGCCGCCGACAUCGUCGUCGCCUCCGGGGCGGCCCCGGGCCGAGCGCCGGAGCCCCGAGGGGGAGAGGCGGAGCCCCAGCGAGGACGAGGCGGACGACAAAGUCUCUUCGGCCGAGAUCCACGACGCCCUGGACUACCGAGAAAUAUUUCAGCCCCGCGACGCCAUCUCUCGGACCCCUCCCAGGAUGCCGGAGCCUUUUCCCGCCCCGCCGGAGGACGUCGACGUGAGUUUUCCCUCUUCAGAGCGAGCGACAGAGGACGCGGCGCCCGUCCCCCAGCGGCGGCGGCCCUCGCCCGACCCGAAGACGGACGGGUCCGAAAGCGCGCCUUUGCGACAGGGUUCUCCGUCGCCCUCGUCCGCCCCGGUCCAGAGGGUGGAGCCCACCGUGGUGGCCUCGGCUCGGCCGCCGGCCAUUUUCCCCGUGGGCAGGAGCGAGCCCACCGGCCUGGACGUGGCCGACUUCCUGUCGGUGAGGCGUUGCCGCGAUGGGCGAGACUGGGCGUUAUUUUUGACUCGGGUCCACUCCCUCCAGGGCCGCCAUUCGGAGAUGUUGAGCGAAGACGAGGUUUUGAAUCACAUCCACAACGGUCACGCCACCAUGUGCGUUAUGCUUAGCAAUCGACGCAAGAACCUGCAAAGCGUCCGGGACGUCUGGGCCCGCGUGGGCAUCAAGAACGCCCUGGACGCCGCCGUCUCCAUGAACGACCUGUCCAUCGUGGUGGACGUCCUCAACAUCAUCAACACGCAGCCGUCGCUGUGGAAGCUUGACUUGUGCGCCAGCAGUCUCCCUCAGAUCGAAAAGCUGCUACAAAGCAAAUACGAAAGUUACACGCAGUGCGGCUGCUCCUCGCUCAAGCUGAUCAUGAAGUACUUCUGGCCGCUCAUCCGAGAGACGCUGAACGCCACGCCUUCGGUGGGCGUGGACGUGACGCGGGAGGAACGGCAGCGCAAGUGCCGCCUGUGCCGCCAGCGUCUGCGCGGCCUCCGCGACGUGGUGGAGAGCAAAGCGGCGCUGGCCGGCCGCCACGGCUCCGCCUUCGGGGAGCUGCGCGUGCUCAUGGCGCCCCUCGACCGCGACCCGGCAAACUAG